AUGACUAUGGGAGAUGAUGAGUCCAUUGAUGAUUUUCAUUCUAGGCUUAUAAAUGUGACGAAUGAGUGUGAUAGUCUUGGUGAUCCUAUUGCUGAGAAUAGGAUUGUAAAGAAAUUCCUUAGGUCUUUACCUUUGAGUUUUCAAAAUAAACAAACUGCCAUUGAAGAAGUUCAGGAUUUAGAUACCUAUACCUUAGAUGAACUUCUUGGGAAUCUUCAAACUUUUGAAAUGAAAAUCAGGCCAGAUAAGAAAGUAAAAACCAUUGCCUUGAAUGCUGUUAGGAAAGUGGAUGAAAAGCCAAAAGAGUUAGUAAAGGAAAAGGAUAGUGACUCCGAUUUUACUGCUGAAGACUUUGCUCUCUUAACCAAACAUUACAAAAAGUUUUUAAGAUCUGGUAAUUCGUUUCAAAAUUCCAAGAACUUCUCUGGGUCUAGUUCUAGGAGAAAUAUGAGCGGUGACUAUUCUUCUGAAAAAGACACUAAAGCUAGGUUUACCUAUAAGAAACCUUCUGUUGAUAAACCUAAGUGUUUUGAGUGUCAGGGUUUCGGACAUCUUGCGGCAGAUUGUGGAAAUAAGAGAUUCAAGGCUCGUUCAAAUAAGGCUAUGAACACAACCUGGAGUGACUCUGAGUCUGACACUCAAUCUGAGUGUGGUGAAGACAACGUUGCCUUAACUGCUGCUCUUCAUCCUUCAUCCUCAUGUGAGUAUGAAGAAAAGGAUCUUGAUGAUGAAGAAACAAAUGAUCAAGCCAUGGCUGACAAAUACCAAGAAAUGUGUAGAGCCUCCACCAAAAUGUUGAAGCUAAAUCAAUCCUUGAGUGAAAAACUUUGUCUGGUAGAACAAGAAAAGGAGGGGAUUGCUAAGCACAUGCAAUCCUGCACAAAAAACUGGGAGAUCGAGAAGUCAGUGUAUGUUGGGCGUAUAAAGAGCUUACAAGAUAAUUUGGAUACUCAAAUUAGUCUUGUUAACUCCUUGUCUUCUGAAAAACUGAGCCUAGAACUUUCUUUGAAAGAAUCUCAAGAAAAUUUUUUAAAGUUUUCAAUAAGUUCUGACAAAGUUUCAAAAAUGAUAGGCAUUGGAAAAGUUGGAGGGGACAAGAAGGGAAUAGGAUUCUCUGACAGCACUUCUUUCAAGGACUCAAAACUAUCAGGUUUGUGA